UGAAAUGCCCUUUUUUUGGGCGAAAAGAAAGAGUUUUUAUGGAAUAUUUCUGCAGUGAGAAUACAAUUUAUUCAUUUACAAUCUGGGUUCAAUUUACAACUGAAAAGCUAUGAUCCAGGGGGGGAGUUGCUUUGUAUCUCAAGCAUGGCUGCAGAUGAGGACGAUAUAAAGGGACUUGUUUUCAACGAAGAAAUACCCGAAGCAACUCAUUUUCCUACGGAAAAGGUUACCGAAUAUGGUUCUACAGAACAAUCUUUACCAGGAAGACUAAAUAUUGCGGGAACUUCGGGCGCAACAGAUCCAGGAGACGAUGAAAGCCACGAAGAAUUCAUUAUCGCAGUCUUUGUCGUGUCAUUUGACACUAGAAAAGGUAAUAUAAUUGAAUGGAAGUAUCCAGAGUGUGUGAAGUUGACUGGAGUUGAGUUCAAAGCUUUAGCAAGUGGCUCACAUACUGUAUUCAAAGAUUUUGUUUAUUUUAAACAUGGCGACAAUCAGUUUGGUCUUAGUUGCUAUGAGCGAAUCUCUGUUGAGAACGAAAAUGAACGUGGCGCAAGGAUGAAAUCUGUUGGAAUCAUCUGUUCCAAGUAUACGUCUCUCCAUGAACAUAUGGAGUUUCUGGAAGAUCAAGUUAGAUUCCAACUUGAAAAUCCAGAAUCAUAUGAAAGUUUAAUGAACUAUUACAAUAAAUUCAGAGUGUGCAGAAGAAAAAACAACUGGCUUCAUUCACCUCAAAAUGUCCUUGGUGUAGAGGACUUGCCUUUUCUGAAGAUAACCCAUCCUGCUGGUUGUUUUUCACAAUUUCUUAAUUUCUUUGGCGAGAAAAUUUUUAUAAUAUGGAAACUGAUUUUACUUCAUCGACGCAUUCUAUUCUUCUCCCCACCUCCCGUGGGGAUCUCCUGUUAUAGAGUUUACUGUGCUUGUCUUUUGGGCAGUCACUCCAUUCCGCUUUCAUUUGAGAGUGGUUCAAUCAACCCAUUGUUUUUUACAAAUAUUUUUGACAUUCCUUAUUUGGGGACAGAACACAAAUAUAUUGCAUGCACAACAGAAAAAAUAUUUGAAAGUAAAAGUACUCUUUAUGAUGUGUAUGUGGACAAUCAGAACAUUAAAUGCAAACCAUAUUUAUCAUCAAUACAAUAUGUUAAUAGUUACGAUAAGAAUCGAUAUAAUCGAUUGCUUGAUUAUCGUUCAAAUCAACUGUUAUUAAACGAAGGUGAAUGUGUCGAUGACGAAAAAAUGUACGCGAGAUUUUUUGCGGAUUUAAACAACAGUCUUUUUCAAGCGCUUAUAGACGUUGCCUCAACGCGCGAUAAACUUCUUCGUUCUGACGCUAUACGCGAAAUGGGACUGGAUCCAAAACACGAUAGAAUAUUUUUGAGAGAAUUAAUAGAACUUUAUGGCGUCGAGGUUCCGUUAGAGAAUGACUCUUGUUGUUGUAUUAUGUAAUAUAUUAAAUGAGUAAAAAUUAGGUUUGCAAAACAUGGCUUGAUUGUC